AUGCCGCAGUCUUCUGUCGGGACAUCAAAUUGGCGAACCGUCCGUCCCGGGCCGGUCGCCGACCCCAAGGAGGCUUCUCAGCAGCCGCUACCACAAAACCCUAUGCGGCUCAUUCCGUUUAUUGGGCGGCCCGCCGCCCUCAGAAGAACCAGAGACUCCAAUAAAACGAAGAUUCUACGGAAUGCAGACGGAAGUUUUCCUUGCCCUCAUUGUGACAGAACCUUCACCCAGACCGGGCCCUUGAACCGUCACCAGCUCAUCCACACCGGCGAACGCCCGCAUAUGUGCGAAUUAUGCGGCAAGAAGUUUGCCCGAGCAGAUGAAUUCAGGAUACACUUUAGAUUGUGCUCCACUCGUGGAAAGAACCCAUUACCUACCGCGGCGCAACUUCCAUUCUCCCCUCCCAAGCCUGACGCCGUGCGCCAGAGCUGCCUCCAUUUGCCAAUCGGUAAAAACACCAGAGUGAUGAUUCUACCAAACGCAGAAGGAAGAUAUCCUUGCCCUUACCCUGGUUGUACUAAGGACUACCAGCGGCGUAAUGACGCAAGGGGUCACUUGCGCAGCCACGAAAAAAACCGCCCCGUCAAGAAGAACGAUAUCCAGAAGGAAGAGGGCGAUGCGAGCCAUGUGAAUGGCAUGAGCAACGUUCCUGACAACCUUGAGGAACCGUCAUGUGGUAUGGGAGAGAUGACCAACCACUCGAACCCGCUCUAUGGAUUAAGCCCCGUCAGGUUUGCGGUGGAUGAGUACGGGACACUGGGGUAUGAUGGUGGAGAUCCGCGCGUCAUUCCCUUUGACCUGAUUGAUCCUCAACUACUUCCUUGGUCCAGUAGUAGUCGCAUGGACGCCUAG